AUUCAUUUCAUACUACAUAGAAUAUUUCAGUUUGAUUCCGUGUCUUCCCGGAAGUUGAAACAUUCUUAUAAUGUGGAAAACUUUUGAAAACCGUGAAAAAAUGGAAGGAUUGGUCGAGACGAUGAAACAACUAAAAGUGAAAUUUGAGAAUGAACAACAGUGGAAUCGUUACGUCGAAGGCGACAUUCUCUACGAUGUGACUGAUGAGAAGAGUGCAAAUACAGUUCACAGCUAUGUACUCGACCCGGAAAAUAACUUGUCGUUAGAAGAUACUCACAAGUAUUUCGACUAUAUAAUGAAAGCUUUGACCAACUCAUCUGUGGAUAGUAUUGACAAAACAGAUUCAAAAUGGUUGCAACUGGUUGCUCAAAACAUGAAUAUAUUUCAAGACGUGAAAUCAAAACUUUUGAAACGAUGGACUUGGUUAGUAUUCGAACAAUGUGGGAUUGAAAGCAAUAAAAACGAAAUCAUAUUCCAGUUGGAGAGUUUAACGCUUUCAUUCUGGAGGGCGUCGUCUGAAAGAAAAGGAAAAAUAAUAUUUUUCCCUGGAAUCCAUAUAGAAAUCGUUCCGUUUCUUCAAUCUAUUCGAGUGGUACAACACUUUGAACAACACACAACAGAACUUCACAAUGUCAUGAAAAAAUAUCCUCUUGAAUUUCUUUAUCAAUACGUGGAACCUGAAGAAGAUCCCGAGCCUUAUGAUGAGUUAGUUCCGGACAUAUUUGUAGAAAAUAAGCUAGUUACUAAGAAAAAGUUGAGAAAAAAAGUCGUGAAGAAAGGAUUGACAAAUACAAUUGAACUAGCACUAAAAAGUGGAGAAAAGAGAAAAAAGAAGCAAGCUCAUUUAUCUCAGCGAACUUUGCUUAGUAGAUCACCGUCGUUGAAACGUGGAGAGCAUAUUCGUUUCAAUCUUUACUCCGACGUCACUCCGAUUUGGAAAAAGUCUGCAACGAAAGAAAGAUCAACGGAUGGAACAGAACACAAAAUAGAUUUUGGUACAGAAGCGUUUCUUGGUCCAGUCUACCUAAUUUCGUCAUUUGAAAGUUCGAAGAAAACUCAAAAAUAUGGCUCUUGGACUUUGACGAUAGACGUGAAACUGGACGAGAGAAAGCUUAGCGGUGAAAGCCUAUUAGUUUCGCUCAAGGUGCCUGUGGAAGAAGUAUUUCUCGGCUCAAAUGAGCCAGUUGUAGCAUUUCGAGAUGAAACAUCAACUGACUGGAAAAAAGGAGUGUUCACAACCCAUACGCAAUUUGAUCAGAAUACUUUUAUUGUUACCACCCGCUUAUCGAAAAUGGGAUAUGUUUCACUCUUCCAACACAACGACUUUCAUUAUCCUUACAAAUCGUGGAAGAUUCUUUUCGAACAAGACAAAAUUUCAUUGAGAUUGCACACGAAUGUUGUUGAAUUAGCAUUUGUCAUUGAGGGAAAUUACUUCUAUUUGGACACACUGACUGGAGAUGAAUUCAGCAAGUUGAGAAACUUGCAUCAGAAAAAAAUGUCGUUGUCGGAACUGAUUAUGAAAUUUGAAAAACAUGGAGUACAUAUUGUCCCCAAUGAUGACAUAAUUAACAAGCAUAGAGAUACAAAAAAGGAUUUGGAUCUUGAAAUUUUCACUUACCGCCUUAUUUGCCUCAACCAAAUAAACUGCGAAUCGUGUCGUAUGAAUAGCACAGUUUCCAUGGAAACUGUUGUUCUCACUGUCAACGGAGCCCCGAGAAAUAUCACAACGAAAUCUGCUGGAAAAUAUGUCGUGAAUUUUGGAGAAGCUGGGAAAAAACAAAGAAUCCAUGAGAAUUAUGUAACACCAGCAACGCUGUUUCAAUUUUUAAUGGUCACACGGCCACUGAUUGUUACAAAAUAGUUGUUUCUUUAAAAAUUUUCUACAUCUAAAUUCAAAUAUGUAACAUUUUCUGAAUGCCAUAAAUCCCUAUUCAUU